AUGACCACGUUCUCUGCCCCGGUCACCGAGCCCAAGCCCCUGCCGAGCAACCAGUCGGCACUGGCGGCCUCCUUUACGGAUUUCCUGACGGUCUCCAUCCACCAGAUCCUGUUCCUGCGCUCUGUCUACCCGCGAGCCACCUUCCUGCCUGUCCGGGCGUACAACUAUCCCGUGCGCCAGUCCCGUCAUCCCAAGGUCUGCGACUACAUCAACGACGCGGCGAUCGCCGUCGGAACGGAGAUUUUGAAAGGCACAAUCACCGCGGUCAGCAUCAUCAUUUCGUCUCUCCGUACGAAUCAGCCGCUGGAGCGCUAUGCGUUCGAUCUCUCGGGCUUCCCGCGUGUCCCUGUCGGCGAGAUCAACGCCACCUUCGAGGAAAGGAAAGAUGAUCCAUCGUCAUCGUCCAAAUUAGGCGUCAACGUCUCCGAGCGAGGCUCUGCCCCGCCCCAGACCAUCGACCUCGAGGCCCAAUUCCGUGCCUGUCUGGCGCGCCUCGCCUCUGCCUGUGCCCGCCUAACCCCGUUGCCCCGCGACGAUGAGUUCAGCUUCACCGUCUGUAUUGAGGUCCGUGAGGAUGCCCUCCCGCCAGCAGGCACCACCAAGGAGGAGCAGACCUGGAUUGUCGCCGAACCAGGCAAAGUUCAUCUCCGUUCCUGUACGGCACCUUACUCCGUCUCCAAGGCCAAGAGCGCCGAUGACCCACAGCAACAACAUCAGCAUCUACCUCCUCCCCCUCCCAAGGUCUCCAACGGCCGCGCCAAAACCGUGCCCGUGCGCCGUGUCGAAGCCGGUGAGCUGCGUCUGGAGCUAUGGGUCGAAGAGGCACGGCAGAAAUUCAACGAGCCGGUGGACUGA